GUCGUUCCACCUUAGAAAGGCCACAUGCUUAAGUCCGUUCACAUUCUCUACCCAUCAUCACAAUUGAAGUGACAAUACAAUACGAUCCAAGGCGGCAAUACGAUGCCCCGCACGCCGUUCUCUUCCCCUUCCCCCUCCUCCGCCAUCACGACCAAAUCCUCCCCCUCGAUUCGCUCUCUGCUGGUACUAGUCGCCCUUGUCAAUCUCGCCUGGAGUCUCUACCAGAUCCCACUCAACCGUGUCAUUGAACGCAGACUCUGCCGCGACUUCUAUCUCGACGCCGACCCUUCGGCAAUUGGCCAUGAUGGAAGCGUGCCCGAGGAGCUGUGCAAGCUGGACGGCAUCCAGCAGGAUCUGGGUAGCAUGAUGGGCCUCAUGGAGACAGGCUGGGUUGCUGGCGACUUUGUCAUGACCAUCCCCCUCGUGUUGCUUGCUGACCGCUACGGCCACGCCCAAGUCCUGCGGCUCAACCUCGUGCCUCGCGUCAUUGUGCUCUGCUGGACGCUUGCCGUCGGCUACUUCGACCACGCCCUUCCCCUGCCCGCCCUUGCCCUUGGCCCGCUCUCGUCAGUCCUCGGCGGAGACUGUGUCUUCAACUCGAUUGUGUACUCGCUGGUCUCGUCGGCUACCCAUGACGAUGUGCAAAGAGCUACCUUCUUCGGCCAGGUGAAUGCAGUCUCGGCCAUAUUCGCCGCCCAGCUUGGUCCUGCUCUGGCCUCUGGCACCAUGAGCAUACUGCUGUGGCUUCCUUUGUGUGCCGGCGUCGUCCUUCUUCUCGCCGCUGUGCCCGUCAUCUCCGGUCUUCCCGCAUCAAACACCGGCAGUCAUAGACGCCAGCACGACCAAGAGUCGAUAGCGCCCCUGCUACCGCAAGACCUCCCUUAUCGUCCGGAUCCCACGCUCAGCAUCACAAGCUUCAAAGAGUCCGUCUCUGGUCGCAUUUCGUCCGUCUUCAAGGUCAUAACCAGCUACCCGCCCAACUUUACACUCCUGCUCGCUAGCUUCUUCUUUACCUCUCUGGCCAGCUCCGACACCAAGCUCAUGGCCCAGUACAUCUCUAAGCGAUAUGGGUGGAAGUUUACCUCGGUCGGCUACUUGCUAUCGGGAAAGGCAGUCUUCAACUUUUUCCUUCUCUACCUUAUUAUCCCUACUAUCUUGCGCCGGCGCCGAUCCCAAUCUUCUCCAUUGUCUUCCUUUCAGUCCCGACGCCUCUCGGACCCGGACGUCUUCACGAUUCAGGACCACAAGGUGGCCGAUGGAUACAACAUCAGCUAUGCUCAAACAUGCCUUAUCUUUUCUGUUCUGGGUGUCGUCGCUAUAGCCAUGGCUACGACGAUUUGGACACUGGUACCGUCACUGCUGCUUUACGCCAUGGGCAUCGCACUCCCCAUGUUUACGUACUCGCUACUCAAAUCACCGUCGUUAUUACCAGACCCCAGUGGGCCGGGGAUGAGCGCGGCUGGUGAUGCCACUGUUGUGGUUUCGGAAGCUCAGAUUUUCUCAAUCGUUAUGCUGGUCAAAACGCUUCUUCCGCGCACUUGUCUACAUCGACUUCCUUCCUUUCGUCGCAUACCCAUCAUGGCAAACCAACAAUUACCUCCUCCGCGCCGUCGUGGGGAUCAUUUGUUCGAGCGAUGGGGGGUUAAGCUACAUGAGGACAGCAACGGCAUUAUCUCCUCUGGAUUACUUCCCAUGUUCCCGACUGUUGACGGACCGUACGGUCUCGCUGAAGACCUUUGGUGGACGCAUAAGCGAGCGCUGCAGGAGGCGGCUACACACGCGCAUCCGAUGCCAAAGUCCAUACCGAAGCCCUCGGGCGUGCAGCUGGACGAAUUGUUCUGUACCGAACGGUGGCAGCAGGUCGCUCUUCACGGCCUCAGAACUUGGGAGCUUCCUUCCCUCAACCAAGGUAUCAUAGGGACAAGUUACUGGCAAGAGGUCUUUAUGACGGACCUCUCAAUCAUGCAACUUUCCAAUAUCAGCGUCACAGUUGAGCAAUUCCCGGACAUUGAUCUUAUCCACGUUGACGAGAGCAAGUGGCACAUAGCCUUCCGCCGCAGCCGGUGGUAUGAUUUGCGGGGUGUUGUGUUGGAAAAGGACGUCAACGGGCGCCCUACGAACACUCGAGAUUGGAGUGUAGACGACAACGGCCUCUGGGGUGAACUGCGAGUCGCGAUUGAAAUGGCCAAUAGGAUGCUGCAUCACGUCCUUUACGGCGACUGGAUUUCUGCAAUGCUGGAGGGAUCCACGGAUCCGAUUCCGAAUGUCCUACCACUCUCAGGAAAUCGUAUGCCCCAGCGGAUGGUUUCGCCCGGGGAGGCUGGAAUAGGGCUCAAGCAGCCCGACCAGCGGAUCGCCAACCGAAUAUGGCACCAAAUUGAGCUUCUAUCACAGUGGAUUAUCUGGUCGUUUUUUGAUCCGCGGGAUUUGGACAAGUAUGGGUCAUCGGGCCAGCCGGGCGGUGUCACAGCCGGUUAUUGCAGCUCAGCACAACUGCGAACGGUGAUGGAGAAACCUCUUAAUCCCAGCGCCCUUCCACACCCGCAUGACCCCGAGGUGUUCACCGAUAUCAAAAUCAACACUAUGCUUCUCGAAGCGUUGCUUUCCAUCUCAAAUACUCCAGAGGAAGUUGCUUCCAAACACACCACACGACUCCAGUUAGCGCUCGUAAUAGUACACGAGUUUAUGCAUGCACUUCAGCAGGCAAGAGUCUAUGUCAGUACUUGCUCAGGCGGGUGGCAAUAUGAACCGGAACAAUCUCUUCUUGACGCUGUCACAAUAAUUGGACCUGUGAACGUCUUUGUGCCUGACAGCGACUUCCUCUCCCGGGCUGGCCCUGCGUUUACUAUUGCACAAUCAUGGCUUGAUGACCCGACAUCCCAGAGCUUUUGGGAUUCUCAUGUUGCUGUAUACGGGAAAAGCGCGCUCAAAGCUGAACCAGUGGUGCGCACUAAGCAAAGGAUCAGCAGGGGGAACCAUGUGCGGAUGUACCACGCCAGGGGACACGUGCAACCGUCGCUGUUGCGUCACCAACCGAUAGUACCGAACCAGAUGCAGAGGUUCCGGCUAGAGGAAGAGCAGACGUUCCAAUACAUGGAGUUCCGCAAAAAGCUGUGGAAAAGCCUACGGCCUUGGUACAAGCAGUCUUACCGGAUCUGGCAGAAAACCCCGUACUCGUUUCUGCGCCUACGCCGACUGAUUGACCAGUUCCGACAGGCGGUCCUUCAACGAAACCGUGCCGAUGCGGAAGCCGCAGUCAAGGAAUACAGCAGCUACCUCAAUGAACUCGCCUUCGAUCUGAGUACACCCUACAAUUUGACCCCUGCCCCGCCCGGGACCGCACCCUUCUGGUUCUUCGAAUUUCACCAUCAUCCGGCCCUGUGGCCCUUUUGCAUGCUCGAAGUUAUGAUGCAUGCGUCUCUUCCGUAUGACUGGUCAAUCUCAGUGGGGAAGAAUGCAGCACCUCCAUCCGCGCCGACAGCUACCACCAGCAAAGUAUCCUUGCCCAACCGCUGGUUUCCGAGCCAGCACGCCCGGGCUGCCGGUGCCUUUUUCAAGUAUCCAUUGUUCUGGACUUCCCUGGACGAGCCUCCCAACGUCAGUUUGGCCAGGCCUGAUGUCACUGACCCCAGCGAAAUCUACCUGCCUAUGGUCUGCAGAGAGUUCGCCAGGCCCCACGGGACAUUAACAUGGCCUUCACCCAAGAGCCUGACAUCCCUUUACAAAGCUCGCUGGGACAUGCUCUUUGCCACGGAGAAUGAGAGAAUCAAACAACCCAUGAAGAAGUACCCCAUCUCCAAGAGGUUGUGGCAGGCUCUCAUGGACCAGUACAAGCAGCUUCUUAGGCAGAACCAACGCCUCGGUGAAAAUAACAGCAACGGGCAGUGGUUAGACUUUGACUUUGUAUUCCCCCCUUACGAUGAGAAUGAUGAGUUUGUGGUUUUGGAGAAGUUCAGCAGGCCCAUGUCAUUCACGCGGUGGAUAAUGACGGGGUUUAGCGCCCCGGACUGGUUUCUGCAAGGCCAUGCAGAUCCUGACAAGCUGACAGUCAUGUCCAAGCCAGCGCCUGCACCGGCGGACGCCCCCGAGGUGUACUUGCCCAGUGAGGAUGAGGGGGAUGGGGAUGCGCCCGAGGUUUGGCAGCGUUGGUGGCCUGUUCACCCUUAUGUGGAUGUGGACAUGGACGUGGACAUGAUGGACGGGUGAUUUCGAGAGCUGAGCUGCACCACCGACCGGGUCGGGCAUGUCAUGUUCCGUCGAGGCUACAGGCUAGUAAGACGAUCGGCCAGUGACUCGCGCAGGAAGGAACAAGACAUAAAGAGAUGCAGAAACACAUGGAAGAAGAAGAGGAGGAAGGUUCCGGUAAAGUAGGUAAGGCGGGUGCACCGCAUUCUUACAGCAAUUUUGGAUGUUCCUUGAAUUUGUCUCUCUUCAGAUUGUGGUAUAUUGGUGUCGUAUGGUAUUUUCGCUGUAGAAUUUAUGCUUUGUCAAAGAAGCAGGUCAGAUAUAUAACCAAAGUUGCUUCACUGCUGUAUUUCAUGCUGUGCGAAGUUUGGUUACAGGAGAGUUUGGCGGGAGAUUCUUCGGUUUCAUGUUCUGGUUAAAGGUCCGACCUUAAUAGGGAUUAUCCCAGCACUGCUAGUCAACAACUAAUGUCGGG